GCAUGAGUUUUGUUAGAAAAAGAAAACGAGAACAAUGAAAGAUAAAUAAGAAAAAACAAAGGGCAGUUGAGAACAUAGCUAGGCUUAUCGCAUGUUUGCUUCACGCAAGCAGCUAAAUGGAGGAGGGGUUUGCUGUAUCGCGUGGCUUUAAAGACUUCAUCUAGCGUUUUAAAUCUCCCAUUAAAAAACCCAAAUAUCAGAAACCAACACCCACCAACCAAACCCUAGACCACCCGUCCCUCUUCUCCCCACCUCCUCCUCCCCCUCCCCCUCCUCCUCCUUCAAGAACCCACGCUAACAAACCCUAUUAUGUGAUAUCAUAUAUCUCCUUUCUUUCCUCUUUUCCAGAAACAGAAAGAAAAAAAAUAAAAGAAAAUGAAUGCAACAGCAAAUCCCAGCAGUAGUGGCGGCAGCGGCGGUGGUGGUGGGAGCAGUAGCAGUUGCGCUAGCGGGCCAUGUGGCGCGUGCAAAUUUUUGAGGAGGAAAUGUGUGCCGGGGUGCAUAUUUGCUCCUUACUUUGAUUCUGAACAAGGUGCAGCCCAUUUUGCAGCGGUUCAUAAGGUUUUUGGUGCAAGUAAUGUGUCAAAACUUCUGCUGCAUAUUCCAGUCCACAAGCGGUUGGAUGCUGUAGUUACUAUUUGCUAUGAGGCUCAGGCUCGUCUAAGAGAUCCAGUCUAUGGCUGCGUCGCUCACAUCUUUGCUCUGCAGCAACAGGUGGUGAAUCUACAAGCAGAGCUGUCAUACUUGCAAGCCCAUUUAGCAACAUUGGAGCUUCCAUCUCCACCACCUCCUCCUCCACCACCGCCAACUCUACUGACUCCGCCUCCUCUCUCAAUAGCUGACCUCCCAUCAGCUUCUUCCUUGCCUGCCACCUACGACUUGUCGUCACUUUUUGAUCCGUUGGCACAACCCUCAUGGGCCAUGCAACAGCGGCAAAUGGAUCCACGUCAGUUUAGUGGCAGCACCGGCUCAUCAGCAUUAACAAGUGGAGGUGGAGAUCUUCAAUCCUUGGCUCGUGAGCUCCUCCAUAGACAUGGAUCGCCACCGCAAGGUUCCAUGCCAUGUACCGGUUCCUUAUCAUCUCCGUCGAGCUCUAAAUGAAACUGACUUUAUUGACGAGUUCUUGCCACAAAAAUUUGUACUCACCGGGUACUAGCCAAAGAGUUUAAUUUUCACUGGGCAAGAAGAUCGAUGAUCGGUUACUCUUUUUUUUUUUUUGACCUUUACUCUCUGAUCAUGCCAUCCUGGUUUAUUCAUUUUCUCAAAGUUCAAUUGAAAUUCAAUAUUGGUUUAUAGAAACUUAUUUUGUUUAAUUAAAUUUCACAAUCUAUUUAGUCCUUUGGGCUAUAUAUCUUAUUUAUUAUAAGUUA